CCAGUUGGUGGCGGUAAUGGACCAGACCGGUGUUUGCCAACCGCCAUGAAAACUUCAAAGAAAAAGAAGCGAUACAGACCAUGUUGUCGAGCGCAGAGCUAAAGCUAAUCUGUCCUUUCACUUUGUGUUGACGUGGUAACGGUAUGUUAUCAGUUGGGGGGGGGGAAUCUCCACAUAUUCAUGAAGCUAACUUAGCACAAAAUAGUGCUACUAAAAGCGAGAAGUCAUGCUGGACUUUGCCAUCUUUGCUGUCACGUUUGUCAUCAUUUUGGUCGGCGCUGUUCUCUAUUUGUACCCGUCAUCCAGAAGGGCCUCCGUCCCAGGUCUCAAUCCUACAGAUGAGAAGGAUGGGAACCUGCAGGACAUUGUGAACAAAGGCAGCCUACAUGAGUUCCUGGUCAGUCUGCAUCAGCGGUUUGGGUCGGUGGCGUCGUUCUGGUUCGGCGGGCGACCCGUGGUCAGCCUGGGCUCCGUGCAACAGCUACGGCAACACAUCAACCCCAACCACACCACCGACUCCUUUGAGACCAUGCUAAAGUCGUUGCUAGGUUACCAGUCGGGAAUGGGAGGCGGGGCCACCGAGACCAUAAUAAGGAAGAAGGUGUACGAAAGUGGCGUCAACAACAUGUUGAAGAACAACUUCCCGCUUGUGCUCAAGCUGUCGGAGGAGCUUGUAGGAAAGUGGAAGUCGUUCCCGGACUCCCAGCACACCCCCCUGUGUGCCCACCUGCUGGGUCUGGCCAUGAAGACGGUCACCCAGCUGGCUCUGGGCGAGAGUUUCCAAGACGACGCCAAGGUCCUCUCCUUCUGCAAGAACCACGACGCGAUCUGGUCAGAAAUUGGAAAGGGCUACUUGGACGGCUCCCUGGAGAAGAGCUCCAGCAGGAAAGGACGUUACGAGAAGGCUCUGUCGGAGAUGGAGUCGGUGCUGUUGUCAGUGGCGAAGGAGAGGAAAGCCCAGAGGACGCAGACGGCGUUUGUGGACACUCUGCUCCAGUCCAGCCUCACAGAACGACAGAUCAUGGAGGACUGUAUGGUUUUCACUUUGGCCGGCGGUGUCAUCACGGCCAACUUGUGUGUCUGGGCACUUCACUUCCUGUCCACCUCAGAAGACGUUCAGGACAAACUGUAUCAGGAGCUGGUGGAGGUUUUGGGUUCUGACCCAGUUUCCUUGGACAAGAUCCCUCAGCUCAGAUACUGCCAACAGGUCCUCAACGAGACGGUGAGGACUGCCAAGCUGACCCCCAUCGCAGCUCGGCUUCAGGGAGUGGAGGGCAAAGUCGAUCAACACGUCAUCCCCAAAGAGACUUUGGUCAUCUACGCUUUGGGAGUGGUCCUGCAGGAUUCUGACACCUGGAGCGCCCCGUACAGGUUUGACCCAGAUCGCUUUGAGGAGGAGUCCACCAGGAAGAGUUUCUGUCUGCUCGGAUUCUCAGGGAAUCAAACAUGCCCGGAACUCAGGUUUGCCUACACCGUCGCUACGGUCCUGCUCAGCACGUUGGUGCGCCAGCUGAAGCUUCACCCGUUGAAGGGACAGGUCGUGGAGGUCCGAUCUGAGCUGGUAUCCACACCUAAGGACGAAACCUGGAUUACCGUCAGCAGAAAAGGCUAGAACUAUUCUUUAAAAAAAAAAAAAGAAACUGCAGGGGGGCGGAGCUUUUUCUAAAAAAUAUAGAUAUAUACUGUACAUAUAUAACAUCUUGAUUAAAGGAAUUGCCAAUACAGUGUUUUUUAAAUGUUGGGGAUCCAGUCUGCCAGAGAAACAUCUUUUCUCACAUUAACGCCUGUCUUUCUAAACAACAUUAUGAUGGAAGGGGAUGGGAAGAACUAAGGUCCAGUAUUAAGCGAGCUCGCUGCAGUCGGCAUCAGAGAAACAAGCUACAAUGUAAGUUAAUUGGGCAAUAUGCACACCUUCAAUUUACGUCCGCUAAAAGUGCUUGUUUUGCCGCUGACAGCCUCAGAUUAAUAUUCUUAGUUUCUGCCAUUAUUAUGGAAAGGAUUUUUUUUUUAAACAUAAAAUCAUCCACAAAAUUUGCUAAGUCAACCAAACUCCAUGUAAAUAAACAGUAUUUUUAGCAUUGUAAAAUACACUUCAUUCAAAGUCGACAGAAACAAAGUAAAACUAAAAAAAGCCGUUUUGGGUCGUCUUUCCACGUUUCCGACCAUCACAACUCUAGUUCUGGUUGAAAUAAACGCAUAGCUUACCGAUUCACGUAAAAAAUAUGUUGGCUCUAUACACGCUAAAAGUAUUACUUUUUUAAAUGGAGUCUGGUGGGUUCAGCCUUAGCGCCUUCAGAGCUGUUUCUGGUUAAACAGAAAGGUCUUAAAGAGAUUUUAAAUGUCUAUCUCUGUAGGGAUCCUUUCCAUAAUGUUGUCAGACAUUUGGAAUAAUAAUCUCAGCCUGUCAGUGGCAACAACAGAACAUUAGUGGACCAAAUUGAUGAUGCACAUUUGCCCCAUAGAGUAACAUUGCAGCCCGGUCUGUGGGUGCCGGUUAGUGUUCACGCUUAAUACUGGACCGAUGUCAAAGAUUGUUGAUCUUAUCAGUCACUUACACACAAAAACAUAG